AUGCUUCCGCCUGCCGUCGGUGACGGCUCAGGCGCCGGGUUCCAAGAGGACCUCAACAAUACUCUCUGUUGUCCCGAUUGUCGGGAAAUCCCGCCCAAUCUGGUUGAGGAAUUCUCCAGCGGAGACAUGGUGUGCCAGAGCUGUGGUGUCGUGGUAGGCACGCGCAUCAUCGACACCCGCUCCGAAUGGCGUACGUUUGCCAAUGACGACCAGAACGGAGAUGACCCCAGCCGUGUCGGUGGUCCUCAGGACGAGUUUGUCGAGGGACAGCAGCUCGCCACGUCGGUUGCGUUUUCCGAGUCGCGACAGCACAAGAAUCUCUUGCGUGUGCAAAACAACACGAAUCAAGACAAGCAACAGAGGGGGCUCAUGCAAGCAUACAAGGAAAUUGUGUCGUUGUGCGAGGCUAUCAAUAUGGGCCAGAACGUCUCCAACGCCGCCAAGCACAUUUUCAAGCUCGUGGACAAGUACAAGUUCAUGAAGGGCAAGCCGCAAGAGGCUGUGAUUGCAGGCUGUAUCUUUAUUGCGUGCCGCCAGAACAACGUCCCGCGAACAUUUCGAGAAAUUUUCAACCUCACGAGCGUGAGCAAGAAGGAAGUCGGCAGAGUCUUCAAGCAGCUGCAAAACUUUUUGCAAAAGCUGCAGGACACAGAGGGCGAGGCGACGGGUCUGAAUACUGUCACCAACUACGAAAACACUUCAGUUGGUGCAGAGGAUCUCUGCGGCCGUUACGUCUCACAGCUUGGCUUCAAGAACCAGCAGAAGAUUUCCAAGAUUUCUCGCGAUCUUGCAGAGCAGGCCAACGACAUUUCGGCGCUCGCUGGCCGUUCGCCGCUGUCGGUAGCCGCGGCUUGCAUCUACAUGGCUUGCCACCUGGUCGGCGAGCCCCGCGCAUCGCUGCCCAUUGCCAAACAGGCUGGUGUUAGCGAUGGCACAGUUAAGACGGCCUACAAGCAUCUUUUUGCGGCGCGCGAACGUCUCAUCAAGAAGGAAUGGCUUGAUGACGGCGGCAACAUGGACAACAUCCCGCAGGUGCAGAUCUAG